GGCAGCGCGAGGGUGGUGAAUUCUGGUCUCCUCUGCAGGACGUCUGUCAUCGCAUGACGAAAUGCUGCGAGUACAUGUGCUCAUGUGUCUCUCCUACGGUUGAGCACUCGCUGCAUUUCUCUUCAGGACGCUCUGGCGCUGAACAGCUUGCUCGCCGCUGCCGAUGCUGUCGCCUGCUGCACCUCAGCCGAGGAGCCGGUGCCCUUCGGCUGUGCCUGAUUCACCACCGCCUCCUCCCUCCUCCUCCUCACAAUGUGCCUGCUGGGACGGUCUUGUGCCCCGAAGGGAGCUGUGAUCCUUGGAGCUGGAAGGAUGCAAGGGAAGGUGAGACACAGGACCCAAGGCCAUGCCCGUGUGGAGUGAGGAGCAGCUGCACACUCGCCCCAUCAUUGCAGACGCCCUGCGGCCACCGUGCCCGCCCCGUGCUGCAGCCUCAGCCCGGCCAUGGAGAGCACAGAGGUGGAGUCGGACAUCCUGCGCCGCGUCCGUACGCUGCUGCGAGAGCUGGAUGGGCACCACCCCGCCUGCCAGUGCGACCGAGGGAUGCUGCGAUGGACCCUGCAUAAAAAAAUCGACCAGAAUCCCAGUAACAGCUCCAUCCUGGUCAGGAUCCUGGUGAAGGAGCUGGAAAGGGCGGAGCGAGGUGACUUCAGACAUUACAUCAUCCCCUUGCUGCACACGCUGAUGUACACCUUGAUAAAGGCUCCUUGCAUCUCCGACGAGCUCUGCAGCAGAGUGUAUGAUUUCUGUAAGAAGCUGCUCACCCUGCCCAAGCCUUUCUGCACCAUCGGUUUGGACUAUGCUGUCAGGCUGAAGAUGGAAAGGACAGCACCAGGUAUGUUAUACCAAAGAAUGGUCAUUUCCGAACAAAGUCUCAAAAGUGACCCGUACCCUUAUCAGGAAAAGAUUUUCAUCUUUGCUGAUCCGGAGCUGCUCUCCAAAGCCAUCUGCAACGCGCUGGUCACCGACACGGAGGCAGCUCAGGUCUCCCAGAGCCCCCGGGCAUGCAUGUGCUAUGUGAUCAUCCACGCCAUGCAGGCGGCCCUGGGUGAGGGCUGCGAUGUCAGUGGCUUGAAGAGGAGCCUCCAGGAUAUGCCCACGAGCGACGUCGAACACUGGUUCCGGCAAGUGGUGGCAGCAGUUGAGUGUGCAGGAAACGAGGCGAGCGCAGACCGCGGCCAGCACGCAGCAAGGCUGGAGAAGAUUUACCGCACUGUCCUCAGCUCCUUGCAAGCAGGCGAUGCUCCCUUAGGAGGGCUGCAGGGUACCCCUCUGCCCAACCCCAGCAUCAGCUUUCACCUCUGGACAGAAGACGACCAGCUCUGGAAGGAAUUGGUGCUGUUUAUCCGCCCGCUGUCACAGAGCUGUGAGCCCGACUGCCUAAGCCAGGACCUGGACAACUUUGAGAUCCAGGACAUCAUUUCGGACUGCGAGUGCUGCGAGCAGACUCGUUUCUCCGUGCUCUCCACCGACAGCGGCAUAGAGCGAGACCUGCCCACGGCAGCCGAGGAGCCCUUCGCCCCUUGCAGCACCGAGACAGAGCAAUCCCGGCUCCAGAGGAAGGGUGGCAUUAAAAAAAAGCCAUCGCCGCUGGAGAGCAUGGCCUUCCUGCAGGCUGGCUGCAAUGGUCCCGGGGCAAAGCCCCCAGUGAAGCCACAGAGGAGACCAGGCAUCCCCCCAGAGCCUGCAGCCCCGCUCCAGAGGCUGCACACUGCCCGCAUCGUGCUGCUGGGGGAUGACCGGAUCCUGGGGCGCCUGGCCCAAGCCUACCACUCUUUGAGGAAACGAGAAACACGGCGAGUUUUCCUGACUCCCAGGCUGAACCUGCAAUUCUACUACAUCCCGGUCGUGACAGGGCAGCCAAACACCUUGGCCGUUGCGGACCACGCUGCCACCGGCCAAGAGGAGCUCUGCGAGGUGGCCGGGUACCUGGGCAGAGCCGACCCGUGGUACGAGAGCAACAUCAACACGCUCUGCCACAUGAUUCCCAAGCUGGCCACCAUGCCUUCCUCUCCGAGCAAACAUCUUGUGACUGAUCUGUUCAUCACUGAUGUGAUUGCUUACUACGUCCGCAUGGGCUUCCAGCCUGUCUGCUUCCAGGUCUACGCUGUGAAGAUUUUCUUCAACGACCCGGCGCAGGAACCGGCCGAGGAUGUGUUCCUCACAGAGCUGCGCACCCAGGUGCAGGAGAGCAUCUCCCACAGAGAGUUAAGCAUGACCAAGAGGAAAACGACCCUGGAUGGCCCUGGCAUAGAUCUCACAGUAACAUACAGAAAGGUUGUGGUGAGCGACCGGGCGAAGGAGCUGGCGAUGUCCCUGCGCUCCACAGGUCUGGUGAUGAAAGCCAUCCCAGCUGACGAGGCUGAAGAUCUGGUGUGUCUGAAUGUGAACAUCGCCGAAAUCGUUAGGAUCAACAACUUGUCAGGACGAUCGUUCUCAGCCGUGGCAAACAGGUUGAAAACACGCAAUAUCAAAAUCAGGAGCACAGAGCAGAGGCCCUUCACGGUGUGUCUGGACAAGGACAGCAGAAGAGCCUACAGGAACGUGAUCAGCGUGGAAGUGUCUCCUUGCCUAGAGCCCAGCUACUGCUUGCAAAAGACAAGGACAAUGAAAUUCAGCCUGCAUGAAACAGAAGAUGUGGGGCUUGUGAAAUACAUGCCCAAGUCUCUGCUGUUGCCCAUCAACACAUUUGCAGGCAUCAUCCAAUGAAGAAAAUGAGAAAAAGCUGGCGUGAGAGAUGUGACAUUGGGUCAUCAUAGAGGAGACGGAAAAAGAAAACACACUAAAAGCCACCAACAGUGAUUUUACAAUGGUAAUGGUGUGAAAAGCUGCAACAGCAGAGGUUGAUAGGGCUCAGGGAGGACAGCUGUGCCCUGCUGAAUGACAGGGAUGACCACAGCCAACACCCCCCUGCCAAGGGGCAGAGCAUUGCUGAAGAACUGAGUUUUAACCUUUUGCACAAGUCAGGGAAAACCUUUGAGCUUCUUCAUUUCAGGAAGACUGGGGAAAAUACAGCUGUGGUGAUGGUGCUCGCUGUGCUUGUGGAUCACAGAGCAGUUGCUAUCGGUAAUAUUUAUUAUGGUGAUAUCUCACAGCCCAGCAGGGGAUCAGGGCCUGUUGCGUGGGGUUCUGCACAGCAAACUCUUCAUUCUGGCACAGGGUGAUGUAUUUGGGCAAACCAGCAACUAUUCCUCUGACUGAUUUAGGAAAGCUUGUUGUAAGCCUGACCACAACAGGGAGAGCAUGUGUGUUUAACACAGCUUCUAUGGAAGUUGGUGGAAAACCUGCUGUUGUUUCAAAGGGGCCACACAAAGUAACAAUGAAUGGCGUGAAACAGGGACAUGGGAAAUCUGGUGCAAUAUUUGGCAGUGAUGAACAGGGCAAGAACAGCUCAGGCUGCCCGGGCAGUGCUGUGGGAUAUGUUCGGCCGUGAACGGUAUAGAUCCGCUUGAAGAAGAAACCUUCUUUGAGCAGGCAACGGAGGCUGCACAACAGCUCUUUGGCAUCUGAGCUGUACCUUUGAGCCCACACGGGAUUUCACUGUUGCUUCACUGUGCAACCUCUCCGCAUCUGGUCUGGAGCCUCAUAAGCGCCGGUUGUGUUUCUCCAGCUGUACAUCCCGGGAAGAACACCUACAACCCCGGCAGCAGCGGACCUCCUCCGUGAGGUCAGCCAGCAAUACCUCUGCAUCCCAGCCUGCCUUGCAGUCCUGGUUUGCUCUGUGUCUGCUGUGCGGGUAAGAGAUGUAGAAGAGUGGAGUAGUGCUCCUGGGAAUGAUGGAUGGGCAGGAUGCCUGCAAGACUCCUCCUUUCCUUUCCUCUGCUGCUACCACGGUGUAGAAACCCUCCUCUGGUUUGCAGAUGGGCCAGGCUGAGCAGUGACAGCACAGCUCCUGCUUCCACCCAGGCUCAGACUAAGCCGGUGUUAAGGAUGAUCGUCUAGGAGGACCCUGUCUUCAUUCCAGUUUGUGGCUGACUGAAAUAAUGGUCGAAACACGGUGUGUAUUUAUUAACUUUCUGAAUGUGAUCUGUGGUUUCUGGGGUGUCUCUGGGGAGUCUUCCCUAAAUUCACGUUGGAGGGGAUUUGGGGGCAUUCCUUCUAUGACACUAUCAUUUUUUUUAAUUCUCUCGGCUCCCAGAUAGCUCGUUACCUGGGUUGCCUUCACUCAGGGGUGCUUGUUUGGAUCAGCAGCCCAAAGAAAGUGUCCUUUAGCUUUGUAUAUGUGCAUAGCAGCUAUUCCUGGUCAUCUCUGGCUGUCACUGAUGGGGGGUCCCUGGAGCCAGCUCUAUGCUACAGGGUGAUGCUGACCCAGCUGCAGUGGCAUUGGCAAACCCUUGUGUUAGCCCCAAUGGCUGGGGACAAAUCCACCCCUCUGUCUUUUCCGUGCCAAGUCUGCCUGGCCCUGGGGAGCUGCACCUCUGGAAAGUCACUUCUGUUUAACCACCCACACCUGGAACAAGGAGCCCACCUCCAGGUAUCCCAGUCUGGGGUACUGGAGAGGAUUUUCCCUUCCGCAGAACUGCUCUGAGCUUGUGGGUUGUCUGGCUGGUUAGGCCCCAUAGAAAUCUUCUUGCCACGUGCACAAGGCUUUAGGGGUUCAACUCUCAGACUUCCCCGGUCCCUCUCUUUGCCAACAAGCACAGGGCUGCCAUAUUCCUGCUCCUGUCCUGCAAUGUCACCUGGCACAGCAGGCAUUGUCACUUCUUGUUCCCAAGCUAAAGGUUUAUUCACUGUCACUUUGAAUGUACCAUGCAGUCCAAAACAACCGCUGAAAUACACUACUGGGGGCACAGCAGCUCUAGAGCUGUCGGCAGGUGAUGGAUUAUUUAGCAGUGUAAAAAGCCCCUAGGUCCCAAGAAAUAUUUAAUCCCAAACCAGCACCAACAGUUGAAGGAUCAUGUUGGGCAACAGCAACAUGACCAUUUCCUAAGGAAGCUACCUUGAAAUGCUGGCAGAUGUAGCCCCUCGCUCCCGGCUGAGCCAAGCACAGUCCCCAAGCCUUAACAUCCCCUCGUAGGAGUCACAAAGCUGCAGGAUCUCAGCAACAGUGUUCAGUUCUUCAGUACUGUUUUUCACCUCCAUUUGC